UUCGACAUGAAGUCGCAAUCCAUCGAUGUCGAAACGUAAAUUCCACGCGAUAAAUUCAUAAACAAAACAACAGUUUCCGAAUGCUUUUUGUUGCCACAAUAUUGCUCUACUUUAAUUUGAAAUAUGAAAGAACGUGUGAUAUCUAUAAGUGAGAAGACAUUCGUGCAGAAAGCAGUGCUUGAAUCAACGCGCAUUGAUGGACGCUUGCUGGAUGAAUUUCGUAAACUUCGCAUUAACUUUGGCUCCGAAUGGGGCAGCGUUCACGUUUCAUUGGGAGAGACGCGUGUGCUAGCGCAGGUUACCUGCGAAGUUGUAGCACCGAGAGCAACGCGUCCCAACGAGGGUACACUAUUCAUCAACAUUGAGUUAGGUCCUAUGGCUGCACCACACUUUGAAUCCGGUCGCAUGUCGGAGGCAGGAGUGCAGAUCAAUAGAAUUCUAGAACGAGCAAUCAAGGAUUCCGGAUGUGUCGAUCUAGAGUCGCUUUGUUUAGUUGCUGACGAGAAGGUGUGGAAUCUGAGAGUAGAUAUUAACGUGUUAAACCACGAAGGAAACAUAACUGACUGUGCUUCGAUUGCCGCACUGACAGCUUUGGCACACUUCAAACGACCGGAUGUUAGCUUGAACGGCGAGGAAGUCAUUAUUCAUACCAUAUACGAACGAGAUCCCCUUCCAAUUGGAAUUAACCAUUUUCCUAUAUGUGUUAGCUAUGGUAUUUUCAAUAAGGGGAAACUGGCCGUGGCUGAUCCGACGUAUCUGGAGGAAAGAGUUGCAGAAGCAAAGAUAGUUUUCGGAAUGAAUUCGUACGGCGAGUUAUGCGGUAUCCAUUUGGGAGGAAUAACUUUAACCAGUUCGGAUCUUCUGCUGAGAACCGCCGCGAAAGCAGCCAAAAGAGCUAAAAUUAUCGUUCAGAAAAUUAAGGAUGAAAUUCAAGCGGAUGCUGAAAAACGGAAAAAUAACGUUCCGAUUGGAUACAGUGAGUGUAUACGGCUGAACGAAAUUACGGCGCUAGCGCAAGAAAGAUUGCAUAUAAGAUUGAAACGAUUUAAACUGGACAAAACAGCUCUAGAUAACGAAUCCGAAGAUGAGGAGGACGAUGAACAGAAUCUGGAUCCAGAAGAGGAGCAAAAUGACGAGAAGAUAGCACCAAAUGACGACAAUGACGACGCUGAUGAGCUAAUGGAAGAGGAUGCAACUGUCGUUCUGCUUGCGGAAAACUCGGCAGUAUUAUUGCCUAAAAGCGUUGACGAAGAAACUUCAUGGAUUCCAGAGGACGAGAUGAAAGUGGAAGCUAUACAGGAUAAGUUGGCUAAGAAAAAAAGAAACAAGAAAAAGAGGAAGUCAAAGGAAGCAAUGGCCAGGAUGAACGAUAUAGAUGUUUCUGACAGUAGUGAAGGAGAAACAGUUCAACUCACUGCAGAUGAUAUUAUGCAAUGAACUGUAACAGAUAGGAAGAUUUAAUAAAACUAACAGAUAUAUGAUGGCCCUAUUA